CUACAUUUGGCGCAAGCAAUAAUAGCCAAUGGGGGAAAGGUUAGAAAGUCAUUUUGAAAAGUUACUGGGACCGUAACUGGAUCAAGCGUCUGGAUUAAGAUGGCCAUGUUAGAGGAAGAUGUGGGAUUCCACUCCAGCAUACCCGUGCCACUGGAUGUAACUGUGGCUGUGGUCUACUCUGUUUUUGGAGUAUGUUCACUGUUUGGAAACAGCACACUGUUGUACAUCUCCUACAAGAAAAAGCACCUCCUGAAACCUGCAGAGUACUUCAUCAUCAACCUAGCUGUUAGUGACUUGGGCCUGACUUUGUCCCUCUACCCCAUGGCGAUAACUUCAAGCUUCUACCACAGAUGGCUGUAUGGGAAAACAUUGUGCUCCAUAUAUGCUUUUUGUGGCAUGUUGUUUGGCAUCUGCAGUCUGACCACUCUAACCCUGCUGAGCAUGGUGUGCUUUGUGAAAGUAUGUUAUCCGCUCUAUGGGAACAGGUUUAAAUAUGUUCACGGCUGUCUGCUCAUUACCUGUGCUUGGGUGUAUGCGCUGCUGUUUGCCUGCUCCCCGCUGGUCCACUGGGGGAAAUAUGGACCAGAGCCCUACGGUACUGCCUGUUGCAUUGACUGGCGCCUGUCCAACCAGCACACCACAGCACGCUCCUACACUGUGGCACUGUUCAUCUUCUGCUACAUCCUUCCGUGCUGCAUUAUUGUAGCAUCCUACAUAGGCAUUCUGGUCACAGUGCAUGCAUCCCGCAAGAAUAUGGAGCAGCAUACAUCGAGGCUGACACACAUGAACGGCAUCCAGACAAUUAUUGUUAAGCUAAGUGUUGCUGUCUGCAUCAGUUUCUUUGCGGCAUGGAGUCCAUAUGCUGUGGUGUCCAUGUGGGCUGCCUUUGGACACAUUGAAAACAUCCCCCCUCUGGCAUUUACCAUGCCAGCCAUGUUUGCCAAGUCCUCUACCAUCUACAACCCAAUCAUCAACCUAAUGCUGAGGCCAAACUUCCGCAGAGUGAUGUGCAGAGACAUGGGUAGUCUAUGCCACGCCUGUCUGAAGGGCUGCUUCUGCUCCAAGGGACCAGCUAAGUGCUGCUCCAAGCCAGAGAUCAGGGUCAAACUUCACACAAUCCACAAACAGACCAAUCAAUUCCCUUCAUCCAACUCCUUUGCUCAACCUCCUGUAGUAUUAGUAAAGGACCACAGCUGUGAGAAGUGCAAGGAUGCUUUCGAAUGCUUCAGACACUACCCUCAAAUGUGCGGUGUCACUAACUGUGCCAAUGGUGGUGACUCAUCAACACAUAAGCAGAAGACUCAAAGUGUGUGUUGCAAGAAGUCUCCACUGGCCACCAUGUGUGCGAAAAGGACUUCAGAAAUAAAAAACUUCAACAUUAAUUUAGAAAUGGUUCCAGGGCAUGCAAAAGUGGCAUGGCCCUGA